AUGACUUCAAGACAUCCCGGAAGUGAGGAGCAGCCUCUGACAAUUUCUCAAUGGCGUGAGUUACAAGAGACUGUUUCCGAGCCAACUCACAUUUUGUCGCUGCUUGAGCGAGCACAACCAAACACAUCAAAUGCAUGGAUCUCAUUAGCAACUCCCGAACAAAUCAUUACACAAUGGGAGGAUAUCACAGCACUUCGAUCUCAGGGGAAAGAUCUCCCAAUAUUCGGCGUGCCAUUUGCUGUCAAGGAUAAUAUCGACGCUGCUGGGUUCUGCACAACGGCCGCAUGCCCUUCAUUCGGUACCGAGCCUGUCGCUACCGAUUCAACAGUUGUGCAACGGCUGAAAGCACAGGGAGCCAUUGUCGUUGGCAAGACCAACCUUGACCAGUUUGCCACGGGUCUUGUCGGUACGCGUUCACCGUAUGGAGCCGUUGCCAAUUCCUUCGAUCCGAACCGAGUCAGCGGCGGUAGCAGCUCGGGGAGCAGCGUGGUCGUCGCCCAGGGACUGGUUCCUUUCUCUCUUGGCACAGAUACAGCAGGCUCAGGUCGGAUACCUGCUGGGUUCAAUAAUCUUGUUGGGCUCAAACCCACGCGGGGCGCUUUGAGUGCAUAUGGCGUGGUACCAGCGUGCCGCUCACUUGAUUGUGUUUCUGUCUUCGCCCUGACUCUGGAAGAUGCCGAUUUGAUCCUGAAACUGGCCGAGGAGUAUGAUCCUCAAGAUGCAUACUCGAGAGAUCGUGCUAGCUGUGCGACUGAAAAGUCUCCUCGAGGAGCCUUGCCCUCCCAGUUGACACUGGCUAUAUGCUCCAACCCUGAGUGGUUCUGCCAAACUGAGCAGGCUGCAGCAUACCAGGAUGCAUUGACUAAAGCCCAGCAGCUGGGGUGGAAGCUACAUCCCGUUGAGUUCACACCCCUAUUUGCCCUUGCCAGCCUCCUGUAUGAAGGCCCAUGGGUUGCUGAACGAUAUGCUGCUAUCGAGAAGUUCAUCCGCUCAGUGCCAGCUGAAGCCAUGGACCCAGUUGUUCGGGGUAUCAUAAUGAAAGCCGAGAAAUUCUCUGCUACAGAACUCUUCGCGUGCGAGUAUUACCGACAAGACCUGACCCGUGAGAUCGAGCAGAUCUUCAGGCCAUACGACGCGCUGCUAGUGCCGACGGCCCCCACAUUCCCUUCUAUGCAAGAUCUCAAGGAUGAGCCGAUCAACGCAAACAGUCAACUGGGUACAUAUACCAACUUUGUGAAUUUCUUAGAUUGGUCUGCUUUGUCAAUUCCUGCUGGUUGGAGAGAAGACGGUCUUCCUUUCGGUAUCACACUGAUAGGACGGGCGUGGGAGGAGCCGCGAUUGUUCCAGCUCGCUCGGCGCUGGAUGUCUGAUGCCCCGCGCUUGCUGGGAGCGACGGGUGUGGAAUAUCAAGAGCAAAGCCCCGAGCUUACUGUCCCCUUCAAUUCGAUGCAGUUGGCGGUAGUUGGUGCCCAUCUUACUGGCUUCCCUCUGAACAAGGAUUUGGUCUCACGGGGCGCAACCUUGAUCACUGCUACAACCACAGCCCCGUGUUAUCAGCUAUUUGCACUGUACACACCAGGGCGAGUAUCAAAACCUGGUCUGAAAAGGGUUACUGAUGGCGGAGAGGCAAUCGAAGUGGAGGUUUGGAACAUGCCGCUCGACAAGAUGGGUAGCUUCCUCAGUACCGUUGCCGCGCCCUUGGGCAUCGGAUCAGUUGAGUUGCAAGAUGGCCGGUGGGUCCACGGGUUCAUCUGUGAGCCUUCUGGACUCCAGAAUGCAAAAGACGUCACCAGUUUUGGCGGAUGGCGAGGCUACACCCAGUCCCUCGACACUUCUACCACCGGAUCGUCGCGCGCUGCAUCUACUACGCCUGCAACGAGCAUUGGUGAGAAGCGUAUCAACACGGUUCUGGUCGCCAACCGUGGCGAAAUUGCGCUGCGCAUAAUCCGGACCCUGCGUGAGAUGAAGAUUUCAUCUAUAUCUAUCUAUUCGAGUGCCGAUGCUCGGGCACCACACGUUACAGCUGCAGAUUUAGCACUUCCGCUGGUCGGAAACACAGUAUCUGACACCUAUCUGGACGGCAAGCAGAUCCUGGCUAUGGCUAUCGAGGCUGGUGCGGAUGCUGUCAUUCCUGGGUAUGGUUUCCUUUCGGAAAAUGCCGAAUUUGCCACCGCCGUCGAGGGUGCAGGUCUGGUAUGGAUUGGUCCAACUCCAGAACAAAUGCGUGAUUUGGGCUUGAAGCACCUUGCUCGUGAUAUCGCAAUUACUGCUGGCAUUCCCAUUGUUCCCGGUAGCAAGGGUUUAGCCAACAGCCUCGAAGAUGCACUGGUAGAAGCGGAGAAAAUCGGCUAUCCAGUGAUGGUAAAAAGCACCGCUGGUGGAGGUGGAAUCGGCCUUCAGCGGUGCGCCGAUAUUGAUGCACUCCGAGAAGCAUUCGAUAGUGUCCGUCGACUGGGACAGGCAAAUUUCGGCGAUGAUGGGGUUUUCAUCGAAAUUUUUAUCGAUCGGGCACGACACAUUGAGGUUCAGGUGCUCGGUGAUGGCGCUGGUCGAGUCAUUUGUGCUGGUGAGCGCGACUGUUCGUUGCAGCGUCGAAACCAGAAAGUUGUCGAAGAAUCCCCUGCUGUUUUUGUCCCAGUCCGAGUCCAAGCUGAUAUGCGGCGUGCUGCUGCUGCUUUGGUUGCUUCAUUGCAAUACCGCAAUGUUGGUACUGUCGAAUUCAUCUUCGACAUCGAUACCGAGAAAUUCUACUUUUUGGAGAUGAACACACGUCUCCAGGUCGAGCACCCAGUGACUGAGGCUGUAACAGGCCUUGAUCUUGUCGAAUGCAUGAUGCGCAUUGCCAUGAAUGAUUGCGCCACUCUGUUUCCUCAGCAGAUAAAUGAGAUUCCGGUCUCUGGUGCAGCGAUCGAAGCUCGUGUGUAUGCUGAAAGCCCCGUUCAAGGAUUUCGGCCUUCUCCUGGAAAGCUUUUGAACGUCGAGUUUCCAUCCGAUGUCCGUGUUGACACUUGGAUCAGUUCAGGUCAGGAGCUAUCGUCGUCUUUUGAUCCGAUGAUUGCAAAGAUCAUUGCACACGGCGAUGACCGUCCUGCAGCUCUUCGAAAGCUUUCAGACGCUCUGGAAAAGACAAUAAUUACUGGCGUGGAAACAAACCUAGGAUAUCUGCAGCAAAUUGUUGCUUGGGAGGCGUUCAACUCUGGCGCCUUCACAACGGGAUCCCUCAAUGCAUUCACGUACGAAGCUCGGGUCGUCGAGGUUGUUGAUCCUGGGUCCGACACAGCUGUACAGGACUUCCCUGGCCGUCAAGGCCUUUGGCAUAUCGGUGUGCCGCCCUCUGGCCCAAUGGAUUCCUAUUCAUUUCGUAUCGCCAACAAAAUAGUCGGCAAUGAUGACCAUGCUGCAGGACUUGAGUGCUCAACCCAAGGUCCGACACUGCUCUUCCACUCCCCAACCACGGUUGCGGUCGUUGGUGCGAAUGCCCCUAUCUCUGUUGACGGGGAAGAAAAGCAGCCUAGCAUAGCCAUCAAGAUUCAGGCUGGACAAAAACUUUCUAUUGGUAAAGCCGCCAAUGGUGCCCGAGUUUAUCUUGCUAUUCGAGGCGGCGUUCAGGUCCCUGAGGUCCUAGGCAGCCGUUCGACGUUUGCAAUCGGUCAUCUCGGAGGACACAAUGGACGCAGCCUUCGCAUUGGCGAUCUUCUUCCAUUGGCACAUGUUACAGAAGAGGAAGUUCCAUUGCUCAAGGGCCAAAUCCUUCCCCUACCGACACUUGAGAACCCAGAAUGGGUCGUUGGCGCGAUCCCUGGGCCACACGGUAGUCCGACUCAUUUCACACAGGACGGGCUUCAGGAGCUGUUCAAUGGCAAAUGGACUGUCCAUUACAACAGCAAUCGGCUUGGAGUCCGUCUCACCGGGCCUCGUCCAGAGUGGGCACGGAAAACGGGUGGCGAUGCUGGCCUGCAUCCCUCCAACAUCCACGACAGUCCUUAUUCAAUCGGAAAUGUGAGCUUCACAGGUGACGAGGCAGUUGUCUUGACCGCAGAUGGGCCAAGCCUGGGAGGAUUUGUCGCGUUUGCCACGGUCGCAGACGCCGAGAUGUGGAAGUUUGGUCAGAUGCGGCCAGGCGAUCACCUUCGGUUCCAUCCUAUUUCACUUGAUGAUGCGCAGGCACUCGCAAGGGAUCUUGAGCAUUCGAUCGCUACCCUCAGCCCACUGACCAAUGGUGACUUGAGACAAACAAGCUCUGUCGUUGUCUCAAGUCCGAUUGUCAAGGAGAUCUCCGACGCUGGCCGCUUCAUUCGAUGCUGCCAGGCAGGCGAUCGAGCCCUGCUGCUCGACUUCGGUAAUGAAGAUAGCUUUACCCUACGUCAAACAUUUCACAUCAUGAACUUCAUUGAGAGGCAUCGAAUCUGUCCGAUCCCAGGCGUUGAGGAGCUCACAUCAGGGGUCCGAAGCCUCCAUCUUCGCGUGAAAGCAAACUUCUCGCUCCCUCAAGUCCUCGAUGCGCUGGUCGCGCACGAGGUUUCUCUUGGAAUAGAGCUCCCCUCCCGAUUAUCCUCGCGCAUCGUGCACAUGCCUCUCGUUUUCAACGACGAGAGAAGCCGCAAGGCCAUUGCCCGCUAUACUUCGACUAUCCGUUCCUCAGCACCGUAUCUACCCAGUAACAUUGAAUUUUUGCAGAAACUGAACGGGCUUGACAGCCCGAAUCAGGUGGAAAGCAAUCUUUGUGAUGGCACGUUCCUGGUACUGGGAGUUGGUGAUGUGUACCAAGGGUCCCCCUGUGCCGUGCCACUGGAUCCUCGCCAUCGACUCUUCGGAACGAAAUACAACCCAUCCCGUUCCUUCACCCCUCGUGGCGCUGUGGGUAUUGCUGGUCAAUACUUGUGCAUCUACGCAACUGACUCGCCUGGCGGGUAUCAGCUCGUCGGUCGUACAGUCCCUAUCUGGGAUGAGUUCCACAAGCCCAGGCUGGGCGAGAAGGUCCCGUGGACGUUCUCACUCUUGGACCAGAUUCGUUUCUACCCUGUCACUGAAGAAGAACUUUCCGCAGCCGAAGCGGAUGGAACCUCCAGUGAUCUCAUCAAAAUUUCUGGCACUGAGCUAGACCUCAAUGAAUACGAGAAGUGGCUGGGAGAGAACGAAGAGGAUAUCACUGCUAUUCGGGAGCGACGAUCGGAGGCGGUACAUGAAGCGGAAUUCUUCAACGAUCUACUCCAGCCAUACGAUCCCAUCAAAAUGCGGACAGGUCGGGGACGGGAAAGCGAUGAAGCGAUGACUGGAGAGCGGGUGAAAGCACUCUUGCCUGGGAGAUGUUUCCGCUGCGCUGUCAAAGAAGGCGGUGAGGUUCAAGCAGGAGACCCUUUGGUGAGUACCACAAACGUCGACAUCAAUAUUCAAGCACCAAGCUAA